ACUGAUCCUUAUCGAUAUCGGCACUUUGCGCUCUGCCAUCACACAACGUAUUCACUCGUCUUCAUGCCUACGUUACCCGAUCAACAGCCGUCUCCUACCUUCCAAUGGCUUCGGCAUCUCUCUCGUAUGGAUGAUGCCCUGGCGCAUCUAUCGGCGUUCCCGGGUUCCCACCUCCCCUCGUCUCUCGAAUAUGGUCUAGACUUACCGCUCCAUGGGGAGCACGUCGAAUCGCUCCGCAUUGCCGACGAAUUUUUCGAUGAGCUUUCUAAGGACGGCGCUCCAUCUUCUCUCUCAACCGGCGAUGCGACACAUUUACUAUCCUACGAUCAUUCCUGGCUUUUAGCAAAGUGCGACGCCAUUUCCACGCACCGGCGCCCUGGGAUAACGGCUGUUGACUUGGGAAAACGGCUUCUUGAUUUGCUUGGCUCCGCUGAUGAUGGUCUUUAAUCCUUGACUCCCCUUUCCUAUUCAGAGGUCUAAUGUUUCUCCCCCUCAACUCCACCCCUCACUAGACCAAGGAUUACAAUCUCGUCUAGUUGACCUUUUAGGCCUUGACGAACUCGAAUUUGUCAUGGAUUUAAUGGUCCACCGCACGGAGCUCGCCCCUCUCGCGCCUCCACGUCCUUCCCAAAGGCCCUUAUCUGCUCCAGACUCUGCUCCUCGACUCCUAACCCGCGAGGAGCGCAACCAGGCACUCAUCCGCUCAGAACUUGAGCAUAAAUCUUUCCCGUUGGGGCCCCAGCUUUCCCAGCCCAUGGAAAGUUAUCCCCAUGUAUAUCGUGCUCACGAUGCAGGCAACACCUUAAACUCUUGGGGCAAGAAGUAUAGCUUGCCCAUAGGAUCCCAAACCACUGAUCAAAAGGUAUCCACCUAGCUCCCCCAUUGCUUUAAACCCCAAACUUAGCAUACCGCCCAGGAGUACGAAGAGAUUACGAUACCAGCGACCAAGGUUGGCACGGUUCGUGCCGGGGAGAGGCUCAUUCAGAUCGAGGAUAUGGACAUCUUGUGUCGUAGCACAUUCCGUAACUACAAGUCCUUAAACCGGAUGCAGUCCCUUGUUUACCCCAUUGCUUAUCAAACAAAUGAGAACAUGUUGAUAUGUGCGCCUACAGGAGCCGUGGGUUAUUAUUUGCACCUUCUUAUGUCGGACCCUAGCUAACACUUCUUGUUGCCCGCAGGGUAAAACCGACGCAGCUAUGCUUACCAUCUUGCAUACCAUUGGUAUGGAUUGCACUCCUUCGCCCGGAGUCACUCCGGGCGACACCCCUAUAUACUGCGAUAAAGAUCAAUUCAAGAUAGUUUAUGUUGCUCCCAUGAAGGCUCUCGCUGCUGAGAUUGUGGAGAAACUAGGAAAGCGUCUUCGUUGGCUAGGCAUCGAAGCUCGCGAAUUGACAGGUGAACAGCUGAAUCCGCUUCUCAUCGUCACUUGUUCUAAAGUUUAGUCCAGGUGAUAUGCAUUUGACAAAGGCAGAAAUCGUUCGCACACAAAUUAUUGUCACUACACCAGAAAAAUGGGAUGUUGUCACUCGCAAGUCAACCGGGGAUACCGAAUUGGUUCAAAAAGUACGAUUACUCAUCAUCGACGAGGUCCACAUGCUCCAUGAUGAACGUGGAGCUGUGAUUGAGAGUCUGGUUGCGAGGACCCAGCGCCAAGUUGAAUCAACCCAAUCAAUGAUCAGGAUUGUUGGGCUAUCAGCCACACUUCCAAACUAUGUUGAUGUUGCAAUGUUCCUGAAAGUAAACCCAUAUCAGGGACUGUUUUAUUUUGACGCCUCAUUUCGCCCGGUCCCCCUAGAACAACACUUCCUAGGUGUAAAAGGGAAACCUGGAACAAAGCUUUCUAACGAGAACCUUGAUAAGACCUCCUUUACAAAAGUAAAAGAAAUGCUUCAACGGAAUCACCAAGUCAUGGUGUUUGUUCACUCUCGUAAAGAAACAUUAAGGACAGCUAGGCUUUUCUACCAGAUGGCGGUGGAUGAGAUGUGCGUUGAGCUCUUUGACAAUUCCGGACAUGAUCAAUAUACCCAAGCAAGUAAGGAGAUGACACGAUCCAAAGCAAGAGAAUUACGGGAGCUUUUCAAGAACGGUUUUGGAAUCCAUCAUGCCGGGAUGCUAAGAUCAGACAGGAACCUCAUGGAGAAGAUGUUUGGGGAUGGCUUGAUUAAGGUUCUUUGCUGCACCGCGACCCUUGCGUGGGGCGUCAAUCUCCCUGCAGCAGCCGUCGUAAUAAAGGGUACCCAGGUCUAUAAUGCACAAAAAGGUUCGUUCAUGGAUCUUGGGAUCCUCGAUGUUCUUCAAAUAUUUGGAAGAGCUGGAAGGCCUCAAUUCCAACAGUACGGAAUUGGCUUCAUUUGCACCACGCAUGAUAAAUUGGCCCAUUAUCUCUCUGCCGUUACUCAGCAGCAUCCUAUCGAAUCAAGGUUUGCGGAAAUGAUCGUAGACAACCUCAAUGCAGAGGUCGCAUUGGGCACUGUCACUUCUAUUGAAGAAGGUAUCCAAUGGCUCGGCUACUCGUACAUGUUUGUCCGGUGGAAGGAAAACCCCUUGGUAUAUGGAAUUGAGAGGCAGGAGCUAUUAGACGACCUUCAGCUCCACUCUCGGCGAAAGCAAUUGAUUGUUAAAGCAGCCCGGCGCCUCCAGCAGACCCAGAUGAUUAUUUUUGACGAGAAGACAGAGAGUUUAACUCCAAAGCACAUUGGCCGGAUCGCAAGCGACUUCUACAUCUUGAACAAUAGUGUUGAGAUAUUCAACAACAUGAUGAAACCCCAGGCUACAGAAGCUGAUAUACUGACCACGCUCAGCCUUAGUGGGGAAUUUGACAAUAUACAGUCAAGGGAUACAGAAAGCGAAGAACUGGAAAACCUCCGCAAUACUAUGUGCCCCUGCCAGGUUGGCGGCAGCAACGACAGCCCGCACGCCAAAGUCAAUAUCCUGUUGCAGGUGCCCGGCCUACCCCCAGAACCUAUAGUGAUUGUUCUAACUCUUAACCCUUUCAGUCGUACAUCUCCAAAGCAAGAUUAGAUGACUUCGCUUUAGUAUCUGAUUCUGCAUAUGUUGCUCAAAACUCGGCUAGGAUCUGUCGUGCACUCUUUCACAUUGCGCUCAACCGGCGCUGGGGCAAUUUGUGUCAAGUUCUGCUUUCCAUUUGCAAAUCGAUCGAGAGGAGGUGGGUCCAAACUUAUGAUGCGGAUUCCACAACUAGACGAGUUCAACUGCUAAUCUGUCAUCUCCAGGAUAUGGUCAUAUCAACACCCGCUCGCACAGUUCAGACUUCCACUGCAUAUCGUUCAGAAACUGGAAGAACUCGAAUCAUCAAGUUCGAUUGAGAGUCUUCGAGAUAUGGAUUCGGCAGAGGCAAGCUAAAGAUUCAGUAAUAUAGUAUUUAAGGAGGUCAUCUAACAAGUGCCCAGAUUGGCAAUCUUGUUCAUAACCAAAUGAUGGGACCCCAAAUAUCUUCUCUCCUGGCUACCUUUCCUACUAUUAGUGUCGACACCGAAAUUGCUCCGUUGAAUCGCGACGUUCUACGGAUACAUCUUUAUCUUACGCCAGACUUUCGAUGGGAUGACAAGAUACACGGAAGCUCAGAGAGCUAUUGGAUCUGGGUCGAAAACUCAGAAACAUCUGAAAUAUAUCACUACGAAUUCUUUAUUCUCAGCCGCAAGAAGUUCUAUGAUGACCACGAGCUUAAUUUCACUAUCCCCUUGUCGGACCCGUUGCCCCCUCAAAUAUAUAUCAGGGCGGUUUCGGACCGCUGGUUAGGUGCCGAAACCGUAACCCCAAUCUCCUUCCAGCAUCUCAUAAGGCCUGACACCGAAGCAAUAUAUACACCACUACUUAAUCUUCAGCCAUUACCUAUUACUGCUUUGAAGGACGAACGUCUAGAAAUGAUAUACGGCAAGAAAUUUCAAUAUUUCAACCCAAUGCAGACCCAAUUAUUCCAUUGCCUCUACUGCACCCCUUCGAACAUAUUACUCGGCUCUCCCACCGGUAGUGGCAAGACUAUUGCUUGUGAGCUAGCAAUGUGGUGAGUUGCCCAAAGAGUGCCGAGCGGGAUACAUAUCGGGACUAACACUAUCAGGUGGGCAUUCCGUGAAAACCCCGGCUCAAAAGUAGUUUACAUAGCACCAAUGAAAGCACUUGUCCGUGAGCGUGUUAAAGAUUGGAACGCAAGGUUGACAGCCCCUAUGAGAUUGAAACUCGUGGAACUCACCGGGGACAACACGCCGGACACAAGAACCAUCCAGGAUGCCGAUAUUAUCAUAACAACUCCUGAAAAAUGGGAUGGUAUAUCUAGGAGCUGGAAAACAAGAAACUAUGUCCGGCAGGUAUCUCUUGUAAUAAUUGAUGAAAUACACCUUUUGGGUGGUGACCGAGGUGCGUAAAUAUACGAAGCUUAUUUCUGUUGCCUUGUUGACUAUUCUCAGGCCCAAUCCUCGAGAUUAUCGUCUCCAGAAUGAAUUACAUUGCCUCGCAGACGGAUCGCCCAGUCCGUAUAAUGGGAAUGUCGACUGCCUGUGCCAACGCUCGUGACCUCGCAAAUUGGCUCGGGGUCAAAGAUGGCCUCUAUAACUUCAGACACUCUGUUGGUAGCCUUCCCAAAAUUCCUUCCUCUACUAACCCACAUCAGGUUCGUCCAGUGCCUCUGGAAAUAUAUAUAGACGGCUUUCCGGAACAGCGUGGCUUCUGCCCUUUAAUGCAAUCGAUGAAUAGGCCAGCGUUCCUUGCGAUCAAGACCCACUCACCGAGAAAGCCAGUUAUAAUAUUUGUAGCGUCACGCAGGCAGACCCGACUUACAGCUAAAGAUAUCAUUGCAUUCUGUGCCCUUGAGGACAACCCAAGGCGGUUUUUGCAUAUCACGGAGGAGGAGCUUCAGGGCCUUUUGCCACGGGUUAAGGAUCAGAGUCUGAGAGAAGCGUUACAGUUUGGUGUUGGGUUGCACCACGCUGGGCUGAUUGAGAGUGAUAGGCAGCUCGUCGAAGAACUGUUCACCUAUAACAGAAUACAAGUUCUGGUUGCUACAAGUACACUUGCCUGGGGGGUAAGUGGAUUCCCUUGGAAGAUUGUUGAGAGAUCUCCGAUGCUGACAUAGUUAGGUCAACCUCCCGGCCCAUCUAGUUAUCGUCAAAGGGACACAAUUUUUUGAUGCCAAAACCGAAGGCUAUAAGGACAUGGAUUUGACUGAUGUUCUUCAAAUGCUAGGGAGAGCCGGACGUCCACAAUUUGACACAUGUGAGUAUUGUUCCCAUUAAUCUGAGCGGGUGACUGAACUUUGUCAUCCAGCUGGCAUUGCCCGAAUAUUCACACAAGAUUCCAAAAAGUCGUUCUACAAAUACUUUCUCCACACGGGCUUUCCGGUGGAGUCAUCACUACACAAGGUCGUUGAUGAUCACCUUGGGGCCGAAGUAUCUGCAGGAACAAUCUCGAAGAAACAAGACGCCCUAGAUUACCUCACAUGGACUUUUUUCUUCAGAAGAUUGCAUAAGAAUCCAACGUACUACGGGCUCGAAAUCCCCCUAGAGGAGCAGGAUUCUGUGCUGGCCAUGGAAGAAGCGAAUCGUUACUUGGUAGAUAUGGUUGAAAACUCCGUUUCAGAGUUAAGUAAAUCUGGAUGCGUGAUACCACGUGCAAACGGAGAUCUCGAGUCGACCCCACUCGGGAAGAUUGCAAGUUAUUAUUAUCUUGUAGGUGUUGCAGAGCCCCUUUCAGGGAAAUGAUACUUAUUCUCCUCCGCUGGUUUAGUCCCACAAAACUAUUAGAAAUCUCAUUCGCAACGCAAAACGGCAAGCCACAACCGAGGAUUGCCUAGGGUGGGUAUGCACCGCCACCGAAUACGAUGGUUCGUUGCCUAAUCCCUCUUCCUGUGAUUUAUUCUUGAAUCGAGACAUUAAACAAAACAAAAUACAGAGCUUCCGGUUAGGCAUAAUGAGGUAUUCAUUCCUUUCUUUUCAUAAGGCUAGUCGAAAACAUACUAACAUUUUCUAGGAUUUGCUCAAUGUGGAGCUCUCAAAAGCCCUUCCCUUCAAGGCAGAGAAACUCGGACUCCCUAUGUGGGACCCCCACGUCAAGGCCUUUCUCUUGAUUCAGGCUUUCAUUUCACGCAUCGAUCUCCCGAUAUCGGACUACAUUACUGACCAAAACUCUGUAUUCCCCCUUCAUCUCCCACUCCACUAUCCAUCCUGAACUAACACUCCAGCCAGGUUCUCGACCAAUCCAUUCGUAUCCUCCAGGUCCCCUCCCCCUCCCCCUCAAACCCGGUUAUCCCCACGACUAACCUUCGAUAGGCUUCCAUUGAUGUCCUCGCCGAACUUGGCUACCUCUCAGCCACAAGCGCCAUGAUAACCCUAAUGCAAAGCAUAAAGCAAGCCCGCUGGCCGGACGACGGUGUCCUGUCAAUUCUCCCAGGCAUAGAACCUAGUACCGAAAAGUCACUUCGCGAAAAAGACACCGCCGCGCCUCUACUCCCCAAGGAUUUGGCAAGCCUAUCGCAACUACCUGACAAAGGCCUUCGCAAGCUCGCUGAUCUAGCAGGGAUCCCACAGUCGGGGGCGGGCCGUCGCAACGUACUUUAUUUGACCCUCUCCACCAUGCUUCCACGAUAUAAUAGGUUACUAACUAAUAGUAAUAGUUCCUUCUCGCAGUCUCUGCAAUCCCACAGAUCUCCAUUACCGUCGCUAUUGCCACUGCCUCUACCCUUUCUGCUACCCUGACCCGACAUAACACUUCCCAAUCCCGAGACUUCCGCAUCCAUGCUCCGAAAUUUCCAAAACCGCAGACGGAAGGGUGGUUUGUGUUACUGGGCGACUUACAAAAGGAUGAAUUGUAUGGUCUGAAGAGAAUUGGAUGGCCGGCUCGCGGCGGAGCCGGAAGGGGAAAGCCAAGCGUCAAGUUUUCGCUUGGGCUGCCAGAGGGUGGCGCGCUAGAGGGGCUUGAUGUAAUAUUGGAUGUGAUGUCUGAUGGGUAUUUAGGGCUUAUGCAGAGGACGAGGGUUCACCUGCAGACUACGCAGGUUGUGCCUGGGACUUGGGUCGAGAAAGAGGUGGGUGGGGGGUGAGCUGGCUCGACUAAAGGGGUUGAGGAUGGUACCGUAGACUGCGGGUUAGGCUCGUGGAGCCGGCCCAGGUGAAACAUAUAGAAAGCCUAAUUAUAUGGUUCCGGGAAACUAAACUCUAUACCAAAUUUCAGGCCAUGAAAAUUCUGUUGAUUUCAUAAUAAUAUUAUCAUACCAGGUUACAAAAUGGUAACUGUUAAAUUUCUACAGUAUGAUACCUAUAUUUAUAUUAUAAUCACACGUCCCGUACGAGUUGGUAUCUAACAUUAUAUUGUUCUGUCGUAAUACCAUCCAUCUAUCGAGUUCAAGUUCUCCAUUACUUUUUCCAUAUACAGUAGGUAACACAUCUCUCCCUCCUGCAUGCAUGAUAAUAACCGUUCUUAUGUUUAUAAAUAUGAAGUCUAAAUUUUUAAAUUGGAACUCGCCUUCCUAGCGAAAAUGCCCAACCGGAAAGAGAAAAAAAGUUAACCAGCAAAAUCACAAGAGAGCACGUUUGCAAAUUAUAAGCUUUCUGGUAAAUUUACGACACUCGUAAGAUAUAAUAAAUUAAUCAAGUGCCAACCAAUCCUCACCACAUCCCCCACCGUACCGCGCUGUGCGAGAGGAUAAACCGCGGAAGUACUAGUACAAGUACAGCACUACAGUACUCGUAUCUAUCUAUCUAUCUCGAGGAAAAAAAAAGUUAAAACAUAUUAAAAGCGAGAUCAAUCGUCAAUAACUCGUGUACAGUACAUCUCGCUCCUUGCUAAUUUACCAACUGGUAUGAUACUGUACCGGGGAGAGUUUAAUACGGUAGUGAUAAUAAGAAUUUACUCCGUAACGGGGAGAGGGAAUGCGCGUACCGUAUAAUACCACACCGGGAACAGAGACGAGUA